AUGGAUUCGGAUUGCAGAGUCGCUGUAAUAACAGUCGCAAUUGCAACAAGGCAAGCUAAAGCUGCUAAAGAUCACGUUAUCAACAAUCUCAUUGUGCUCUACCAAAAGUGUCUCCGGGCUAUACCUCAGAAAACGUCCGAUUUGCCACCGUCUUACACUCAAAAGCCUAUGAAAACAAAUGAGCAGGUUUUGAAAUGCAUCCGUUGGGAUUUGGGUGCCCUUGACGAAAUCAUCAACAUACAAUGGUAUCAAUGGCAUCUUGCUCAUCGCGCACAACAUAAGCUCACAUUGGCACUGGAGCAGGUAGCAAGGUACUUCAAUCAGUGCACCGACAGCCACAAGAUGAAUAUCAUACGCGCUCAAGAUAUGUGCGAUGAGCUUCGGUUUCUGAUCUACGGUCUUGGGGACGAGAUAGUUCUUGCGACAAUGGAGGAAUGCAAGGAGCAGCGAGUGAACUAUGAAGCUGUAGAACGGACAUUGGGCAUUUUCAAAGAGGAAUCUCCUCCAGAAUAUACCGCAUAG